AUAAUAGAAUGCCAGGGCUUGCCUCUGAUCAGCGGACAGAAUUGUGACCCGUAUGCCACUGUCUCGCUCGUUGGGCCUGCCAGGUAAGGCUAGACUACCAUCCUCUGCAGUGGAACAUGAUUAUGGGCUCACUUCAAUUGAACCCACAUUGCGUUAGCUAUGUGUCAACAUUUUAGGCAUUAUAUCUGUUAUUCUUUCAUAUAGACCCCCAUGAGAAAGGUUUGAGUAUAUUUCUGACUCUUCUGUCUCCUUAGGUCUGACCAGAAGAAAACAAAGGUGAAGAAGAAGACCAGUGACCCUCAGUUUGAGGAAACCUUUAACUUUGAGGUAAACUUAAUUUACAUCUGGCAGCUCAUGUCAGUACAGUUUUCUUCCAAACAGAGGAAAACGGACUUAAACAGGGAGGGACUACCCAAUAAGAAAUGUUCACAUUUGUUUUCCAUUCCAAAAUGUUUUAAACCGUUUUCCAUUGCGUGCCCUAAUGAAUGAAACCUAGGUGUCUGCCUGAUUUUGACAGUUCAUGUCAUCUGAGUUGGUGUUUGCUGGAGAAGACUGAUGUAAAUUCGGAGAAGACUGAUGUAAAUUCUGUCUUGUUGUUGUCCCCAGGUCACAAGGCCCAACAGUUACACAAAAAAGUCUCAUUUCCAAGUGGAGGAGGAGGACAUUGAAAAGCUGGAGAUCAAGUGAGUAAUCUCUUCUUUACUCUCUCCUCUUCCUUUCUCUUCUUUUCCCUCAUCUUAUUUCCUCUCUUCCUUUCUCUCUUCUCUUUUUCCCUCUAUUUUCCUUCCAAUCUUUGACAGAACAUCUGUGGGUUGGUUUUUUUCCCCACACUGACAAACAGACCGCCAUACCUCCAUCUCUCUGGAGCGACUUCUGGUCUGUAGUUGGGAGAGGAUUUUCAAUGUGUUUGAAUUCAACCAGAUUUGAUUCAACUGUGUUAGUCACAACCAGUGUAGUGUGUAAUGAAAAGAUGGUGGUUAAGGAUCUGUGGGGUUUUUGUCUCUGUUUGCGUCACCUACAGCGGACUGACUUAUAGCUACAUACCUCACUGGGUUUACAGUGGGGUAAGACUAGGCUGGGCCGAGAGAGGUAAACACACAUGCAUGACUUUCAGGUUUGGAUUUGAGGUGAUUUUAAUUGCAUGUGUAUUUUUAAAGAGUACUACAAUUUGUAUACUUCACACAGGUAAGGACUAACUCAUCAGUGUAUUUUGUGUUUAUGUGUUGAGAUUGAUGUGGUUGUGUUUUCCAUGAGUGUGUCAGUCAGCCAAUGGUGAAGUGGUGUGUUUGGAAGGGGCAUUGGUCCCUUUUUGUUGAUUUUUAUAGUGUAUUUGCAAAUAUCACAAUUAGUAUGUGUGAUUGAAUGUUUCUCUCUUUUUCUCUCUCUCUCGCUCUAUGCUCUCGCUCUCUCUGUGUGUGUGUUCCUCUGCAGAGUUGACUUGUGGAACAAUGGGAAUUUGGCGCAGGAUGUCUUCCUUGGGGAGACGCGGGUAUCUGUCAAGAUCCUGCGAAAUGACCACAUUCACAGGGCCUGGUAAGAACGAUGACGCAUCACAUCACAGGUUCACCUCGCACAUUCUCUUCCUGAUGCUUCCGUGCCAGGUUACUCACACUAACUCGUGAGAUUUCACAUACUGACGCACCAAUAUGCAAAGGUGCACGUAGCAUCCGCGUGCCCAUAGGAGCCCACAGCUCUAGCUUCUAGCUACACACUCAGAAACACACUGGUUGCAUUGGAAAUGGGCCGCUAUUCCUUAUAUAGUGCACUACUUUGUACCAGAGCCACAUAGUCUACUAGGGAAAUCGGGUGACCGUGAGACACUUCUCUCUCACAUGGACACGUUGUGCUCUCACUGCACGCAGCCACACGCCUGCUAGUGCGCUCAACCUGAAGAAUGUAAUCUGACUGCAGCGCUAGCUAGCUGAAAUGAAUAGACUGAUUAGCAGAUGAAAAGUACAGAUAAGGGGACAUGACACAGAGGCUCUUACGUACUCCGCUGCUACUCGCCUCGUUUUAUCAGCCACAAGAAUCCAACGCUCUGACGUCACACCCCUCACAGUGCUGACCUUCUUUUCUGCGUAGAUCCGUGGAUGCUAGAUCAGAUCUGCAGAUUGUGGGGUGGAUGUUAAAAAGAGCUGGGCCCAUAAUCUGAGUAGGGGUACUGCUGAUCUAGAAUCAGGUUCCCCCUGUCCAUAUAAUCUUAUUCAUUAUGAUUUAAAAGGCAAAACUGAUCCUACAAUAUAUCAGUCCUACUGUAAUACUCUUUGUGAAUAGAGGAAUAGGGGUAAAUCCAGUUCCUUUAUAUUUUUCCCUAUUUCUGCUUAAUAGUAAUAAUAGUUGUUUUUUUCUUGUGGAUUUUGUGUUUUUUUUUUGCAUUAUAAUUUCAGAAUUGUGUUGCGAUUGGCUGUGAUAUUCGCCUAUUGAUUUCUCCCGCCGGAACGGCAUCUGUUGUCAAACUGGGAAAAAUGUUCUGACUUUGUGACUGUGUUAUCUACUGGAAAUCGCUCUGUCAUUUCCUGUUUGCUAAAAUUCGACACUGUUCGCUCAAUUUCAGUUUACCUGAGAAAAUAAGCACUGAAUAGUGUAGGGAAUCAUUGUACUAUUUUUACAGCUGUUUGAAGCUGGUGGACCAAAACAAAGUUGCUUUCGGUUUUGGUCUACCAGCUUCAAACAGCGGUUUUCAAAAUUAUAUAAAAUUAUACAAAAUCCUACGUGUAGCACCUUUAACAAUAUGUCAUUGGAGAUUAACCUGUGUCAGAUCCUGUCCCCCGAUCUAGCAACUCUAUAUCGGUGAUACUUUUUUGGACCGGUUACUUCCGUUGUGUCUUCAGACUGCUUUGAACACUGCGAUGGUGGUGUUCUGUAAACAGUGUGUGUGUGUGUGUGUGUGUGUGUGUGUGUGUGUGUGUGUGUGUGUGUGUGUGUGCGCAUCUAGGUGAUAAGGGAUUAUGCAGAUACCGAUCUAUGAGUUUUGCAUGAGGGCCGUGAGACUAGUGUGUGGGUGUCAGUUUGCAUGGAGCCAGCAGUACCCCAUCUCUCCUGUAGAGGGAGGAAGAGAAAGGCAGGGAUGAUCUAUACAUACACACUGUAACAUACAGACCCACAACUCAGCUGAACAAAAUGUAUACUGAUCUAUUGACUCUGUCCCAGUAUACACAGGCUCAGCUGAAGUCUCUGGGUGUCUGAGUACUGCUGUACGAUUACAGUGCAAGCAGAUUAGAGACAAACAUAGCUGCAGCUUUCGAAGCGAUGCGGAGUUCCAUCCUGAUGUAACUCGGUGAAAACUGCUCCAUCUGUUGGUGGCUAUGCAGGCCCACCAAGCUCAUUCACACACUGCUUAAACACGCAGCUGAAUUGCUCAACUAUCAAUCAAUCAAAUGUAUUUAUAAAGUCCUUUUUACAUCAGCAGAUGUCACAAAGUGCUAUACAGACACCCAGCCUAAAACCCCAAACAGCAAGUAAUGCAGAUGUAGAAGCACAGUGGCUAGGAAAAGCUCCCUAGGAAGGCAGGAACCUAGGAAGAAACCUAGAGAGGGACCAGGCUGUGAGGGGUGGCCAGUCCUCUUCUGGCUGUGCCAGGUGGAGAUUAUAAGAGUACAUGGCCAUUUAAGGCCAUAUUGUUCUUCAAGAUGUUCAAACGUUCAUAGAUGUAAAUGACCAGCAGGGUUAAAUAAUAAUCACAAAGCAUAGCCCCCACACCACUAGAGGGAUAUCAAGUGUUUUGCCGUUCUGUUUGCAAUCUUUGCAUAGUUUUUUAAAGCUGCUACACCACCAGAGGUGUAACAUUGAAGCAAAACUCAAAAGUUUGUUUAUAUAAAAGCUACUUUAUUAGGUUUAUGCUUGAUCGAUGUGGACACUAUGGCUGAAAACGUCCCAUAUUUCAUGACCUAUGUAGCAGGCAGCAUUGACAGCAGAGGGAGUGUAUUUACAUUUUAGUCAUUUAGCAGAAGCUCUUAUCCAGAGCGACUUACAGUUAGUGAGUGCAUACAUUUUCAUACUGGCCCCCCGUGGGAAACGAACCCACAACCCUGGCGUUGCAAGCGCCAUGCUCUACCAACGGAGCUACAGGGGACUUAAAAUAUAAUUUGCAUCUCACCACUAGUGUUGCAGCUUUCUGGUAACUUUGCCAAAACUCCCAGGUUUUCCAGAAAUUCUGGUUCUGCUUAUUCCUUCCUGAUUCAAUUAAGCUUUAAACAGGGAUUUCUGGUAAACCUGGACAUUUUGGGAAAGUUACCGGAAAUGUGCAACCCUACUCACUCACCACUGUCAAAAACAAAUGUGUCGGCUGGCCAUCACUCUAACGCUGACUGGGUGUGUUUUGUUGGGUGUCUUUCCCCUGGUCCACAGGUAUCUCCUCCAGCCCAAAGGGAACGGGAAGUCCAAGACCGAUGACCUGGGCUCUCUGAGGCUCAAUGUAACCUACACAGAGGACAAUGUGCUGCCUUCCGCCUGCUACACACCCCUCCGCACGCUGCUGCUCAAGUCCCCAGACAUUAAGGUAUUAACCUUAGACCUGUCUUGUUCACACACCUGCUCUGUCGGUCUGAAUGGUACAUUAUGCUCAUUAAGGAACUUAAAGGGAUGCUAGCUGAUACCCAUAGGCUUUCAGUCAUUGUGCUAACGCUAGUUAGCAUUGGCUCGCGAAACUAACUCUAACUUCCUUCAUACUGGACACAGAGACAUAAAAAUGGUAUCCACAAGUUCAUCUGACUCGGGAAGUAGAUACAGGGCCUCAUUGCCCAAAUCCCCAAGUAUCCCUUUAAGGAAGGAAGUUAUGAGUGUACAAUAGAGGACGCAUAGGACCGACAAUCGGUCAAAAACUGUCAGUGGCCAACCAUCGCCCACAGACCCCACGGUAUAUUCCACACCGCUGCCAGUAGUUUGUCGUGAGUGGUGGCCGUCUACAUGUGGAAUUGCAGUCAACCAAUAACCAUUAGUGGCUGACCAAUCAUCGCUCACAGUACGGUGCCUUUUGAGGACGAGGGGUUUUUCAGAACUUCUCUCUGUCCCCCCCGCCUCCCACUCUUUAUUUCUGUCUCUCUCUCUCUCUCCGUCUGUCUCUUCUCCCCCUCAGCCCAUCUCGGCGUCAGCGGCCCACAUUCUGGGGGACAUCUGCAGGGAGAGGUACGAGGCGGUGCUGCCCGUGGUCCGCCUGCUGCUCCACCACAACCGCCUGGUGCCCUUCGUCUCCGCCAUCGUUGCCCUGGAGCUGGAGAACACUCAGUGAGUAGUACACACACUUCUCCUGGGCCCUAUGGGCUCUGGACAAAAGUAGUGCUCUAUAUAGUGAAUAGGCAUCCUGACCUCUGAACCCCAUCUUGUCUAUCUAGGGAGGCCAACACCAUUUUCCGUGGCAACUCCCUGGCGACGCGCUGCAUCGAUGACAUGAUGAAGAUUGUAGGGCGGAGCUACCUGACGGUCACCCUGAAGCCUGUAUUGGAUGAGGUAAUGUACAUCAUAUGUUAUCUAGAUAAUGAUGUGAGCAAAUUGAUUAUAUCAUAGAUGAACACCGAUCCUAAGAAAUAAGUCAUGCUAUGAACCACAUCACAGAAGCUAAUUUCAUAACCUAGGAAAAACAUGUUUGAAAAUGCAUUCAAAACUCAGCAUAACAGCUAAAUACAAUGUUAUCCAUUUCUUUCAUAGAUUUGUGAAUCCAACAAAACCUGUGAGAUUGACCCGAUCAAACUGAAAGAAGGAGAUAACGUUGAGGUCAACAAGGUACAGUAUACAGUUGAAGUCUGAAGUUUACAUACACCUUUGCCAAUUUUUUCACAAUUCCUGACAUUUAAUCCUAGUAAAAGUUCCCUGUCUUAGGUCAGUUAGGAUCACCACUUUAUUUUAAGAAUGUGAAAUGUCAGAAUAAUAGUAGAGAGAAUGAUUUAUUUCUUUCAGCUUUUAUUUCUUUCAUCACAUUCCCAGUUGGUCAGAAGCUUACAUACACUCAAUUAGUAUUUGGUAGCAUUGCCUUUAAAUUGUUUAACUUGGGUCAAACGUUUCGGGUAGCCUUCCACAAGCUUCCCACAAUAAGUUGGGUGAAUUUUGGCCCAUUCCUCCUGACAGAGCUGGUGUAACUGAGUCAGGUUUGCAGGCCUCCUUGCUCGCACAUGCUUUUUCAGUUCUGCCCACACAUUUUCUAUAGGAUUGAGGUUUGUGAUGGCCACUCCAAUGCCUUGACUUUGUUGGCCUUAAGCCAUUUUGCCACAACUUUGGAAGUAUGCUUGGGGUCAUUGUCCAUUUGGAAGACCCAUUUGCGACAAAGCUUUAACUUCCUGAGUGAUGUCUUGAGAUGUUGCUUCAAUAUAUAUCCACCAAAUUUUCCUUCCUCAUGAUGCCAUCUAUUUUGUGAAGUACACCAGUCCCUCCUGCAGCAAAGUACCCCAAUAGCAUGAUGCUGCCACCCCCGUGCUUCACGGUUGGGAUGGUGUUCUUCGGCUUGCAAGCCUUCCCCUUUUUCCUCCAAACAUAAUGAUGGUAAUUAUGGCCAAACAUUUCUAUUUUUGUUUCAUCAGACCAGAGGACAUUUCUCCAAAAAGUAUGAUCUUUGUCCCCAUGUGCAGUUGCAAACCGUAGUCUGGCUUUUUUAUUGCGGUUUUGGAGCAGUGACUUCUUCCUUGCUGAGCGGCCUUUCAGGUUAUGUCGAUAUAGGACUUGUUUUACUGUGGAUAUAGAUAAUUUUGUACCUGUUUCCUCCAGCAUCUUCACAAGGUCCUUUGUUGUUGUUCUGGGAUUGAUUUGCACUUUUCGCACCAAAGUACGUUCAUCUCUAGGAGACAGAACGCGUCUCCUUCCUGAGCGGUAUGACGGCUGCGUUGUCCCAUGGGGUUUAUACUUGCGUACUAUUGUUUGUACAGAUGAACGUGGUACCUUCAGGCGUUUGGAAAUUGCUCCCAAGGAUGAACCAGACUUGUGGAGGUCUGCAAUUUUUUUUCUGAGGUCUUGGCUGAUUUCUUUUGAUUUUUCCCAUGAUGUCAAGCAAAAAGGCACUGAGUUCGAAGGUAGGCCUUGAAAUACAUCCACAGGUACACCUACAAUUGACUCAAAUGAUGUCAAUUAGCCUAUCAGAAGCUUCUAAAGCCAUGACAUCAUUUUCUGUAAUUUUCCAAGCUGUUUAAAGGCACAGUCACACUAAGUUAUGUAAACUUCUGACCCACUGGAAUUGUGAUACAGUGAAUUAUAAGUGAAAUAAUCUGUCUGUAAACAAUUGUUGUAAAAAUUGUGUCAUGCACAAAGUAGAUGUCCUAACCGACUUGCCAAAACUAUAGUUUGUUAACAAGAAAUGUGUGGAGUGGUUGAAAAACAAGUUUUUAAUGACUCCAACCUAAGUGUAUGUAAACCUCCGACUUCAACUGUACAUUUGUCUGGUGAAUCGCAAGCUGUCUAUCAGCAUAUUGUCUAGUAGUGGGGUGGUAUACAGAAUGAAGUGUUAAUAAGCGUGCGUGUGUGUGUUCACGACGUGUGUGUCUGUCCUCUCUCCAGGAGAACCUGCAGGGGUACGUUCAGAAGGUGUUCUCAUCCAUCACUCAGUCCAGCUCCAGCUGUCCCCCGCUCAUGUGUGACGUGUUCCGCUCGCUGCGUCACAUGGCCUCCAAGCGGUUCCCAGGUGAGCGGGGCAUCACACGCAUCUUCAUCCUCUCUCCUCACCUUCACCUUCAUCCUACCUCCUCAUCCUCAGAAGGAUUGCAAAAUUUCGGAAAGUUUCUGGAGUUUUGCAACCCUAUUCCUCAGUCAGAGCUCUCUCAUCAGUACUCACUGUGCCUCAUCACAUUAGAGAGAACGUCCACUAACCACAAAUCAAAGUUUCUGAGAUGUUUUCAUACCGCAAAUAUAGAGUUGAUCUUGUGUAGAUCCCAUUAUUGUGGUCCUCUGUAGCUCAAUUGGUAGAGCAUGGCACUUGUAACGCCAGGGUAGUGGGGUCGAUCCCCAGGACCACCCAAACGUAAAAAUGUAUGCACACAUGACUGUAAGUCGCUUUGGAUAAAAGCGUCUGCUAAAUGGUAUAUUAUAUUAUAAACAUUAGUGUAGAAAGAUCCAGGUCUCUAGCCAAAGAAAAAGAUGGUAGAUUAGAUACAGAAAUAUUAUGCCAAUCUUUCCCAAGUAUUAUCUAAUUACUUUAUAAAAAAGACUGAAGUGUAAUGAAUCAUCCAUCAGUAAGCAGCAUGUUGUAGAGACCAUGUCCACCAUGAGGUGGAGCCAGAAGCCUGACUAAAGUGCUGGAGACUGUCUCAUAGCAUGUAUGACUAUGGGCUCCCAAGUGGCACAGCGGUCUAAGGCACUGCAUCUCAGUGCUUGAGGCGUCACUACAGACCACCUGGUUCGAUUCCAGGCUGUAUCACAACCGGCCGUGAUUGGGAGUCCCAUAGGGCGGCGCACAAUUGGCCUAGCGUCGUCCAGGUUUGGCCAGUGAAGGCCGUCAUUGUAAAUAAGAAUUUGUUCUUAACUGACUUGCCUAGUUAAAUAAAGGUAAAAUAAUUUUUAUUUUAUUUUAAAAAAUGACAGAGGCCCUUCAAGUAGAAGCUACUGUAUCUGUGAGAAGGUCCUGUUAAUGUGUAGUGUUGGAGCUUGGUACGAGUCAUGUUCUCAUAAACCGCUAUGCUCAUAUGAAUUGGCACCUUUUAAAGGGAUAGUUCACCCAAAUAAAAAAUGACAUCCUUGUUUUCUUACCUUGUGAGCAGUCAAUGGACAAGGAGAGGGAGCAAUCCAAGCUUUAGUGUUCUUUGUGCUUCACCUGUCCUCUCCUCUACCCCCCUUCUCUCCCUUCCUCCUCUCCCCUGCAGAUGAUCCUCACGUCCAGUAUUCGGCGGUCAGCAGCUUCGUGUUCCUGCGCUUCUUCGCCGUCGCCGUUCUCUCGCCACACACCUUCCAGCUCCGCCCACACCAUCCUGUGAGUACGCCCAUAUACCUAUGUUUUUUUUAAACAUUUGUGUCACAUAGGCGGUAUCCCAAGUGUGUGCAUGUAGUGUCAUGGUAUAGCUACUUAAAAGUGAAAGUGUUCCCCCUAUAUUCAUUUAGCAGCGACGCCUCACUGCUGCUAAAUCGUUGCCACCACUCCCAGAAAUAUGAUUUAAAAAUAUUUUUUCGAUCUAUUUUUACUAAAUAAUUGUUCCGAGACGCGCUUUUAAGAUAGUUGCCAAAAUCUCGCACUAAGCGCUUUUUCUACUUACCCAGAGUCCGAUAAACUCAUGGAUACCAUUUUUAUGUCUGCAUGCAGUUUGAAGGAAGUUGCUAACUAGCGUUAGCGCAAUUGCUAACUAGCAUUAGCACAAUGACUGGAAGUCUUUGGAAACAGCUAGUUAUAGGAAGAGCUAGCAUGCUAGGUAAAUAGAAAUCUGUUUAAAAUCAGUGACCAGUUAUAACAUAUUUUUGUACAGAGCGAGCAGUGUCAUGAGUGCACAGCCACAGCUUGCUCCUCAUCGCUCUACAGUGCAGUGGCUCGCAUCAGUUAUAUUUAAGAUGGUGUCAACAUCAUUUAAUUUUAAUGCAUUUUGGAAGUAAGAUGUCAAGUAGCUCCCAAGUAAAGUAGGCUAGGCUACAGACAAUGGCUAAACCAAGCACGAAACACUAGUCAACUGUUUGAUAAUAAUGUUGCGCUAGGCCUAGCCUACUACCAAACUGAAUUGUUAGCCAAGUUGUUCAAAUGAAUCCCAUGUAGCGUAUGAUAUCACUGUGUGGGCCUAAUUAGCAUUUUACCAUGUCAUUUAUUAGUAAAUGUACCCGUACUGUAGCCUAAAUGUUAGAAUUAGGUCCUACUGAUAGGCCUAUUUCUUUGUGCAAAAUCCCAGGACAAUCCUUUCACUUAGAUUACUGCAGUAAACCCGUACCCUAGCUUUCUGGAGGGAUCUGUGGUUGAACAUGAGCAUCGCUCAAAGCAUUUCAGACCAUUUAAAUGGUAAGAGUCUGAGUUAUAUUUACUCCAGAAGUACAUGCUCAUUGGUCCUUGAAAAGAAGGAAGUCUAGAGAAUCUGUCAUCGAUUUAGGAGGGUGCGUGAGGGGCUAGAGUUGUGGUGUGUGUGUGUGGUACUACUCUCCUCUAAUCUGCCAGCCAGUGGUUGCGUAUGAAGUGUUGAUGCUGGAGACUAUUAGACCUCUGAGGAGAUGGAAAUGUGCCUUCUACAGAUCGCGCUGAAGGGAGAGGUUGGACCCUUUCGUAACGGGGAGAAUUCUGUGGCAGGCUGAAUCUCUUUGGAAACCAGGGCUGACUACACAGCAUGCAAAGAACCCAUUUAGCACAGCAGAACAAAGUAGCAGUGGCUUUAAACGUGAAAUGAACAUUCACUGUAGGCCUACAUCAUGCAAUGAUGCAAUUACAUGCAUGUACACUACCGUUCAAAAGUUUGGGGUCACUUAGAAAUGUCCUUGUUUUCGAAAGAAAAGCAUUUUUUUUUGUCCAUUUAAAAUAACAUCAGAUUGAUCAGAAAUACAGUGAAGACAUUAAUGUUUUAAAUGGCUAUUGUAGCUGGAAACGGCUGAUUUUUAAUGGAAUAUCUACAUAGCCGUACAGAGGCCCAUUAUCAGCAACCAUCAGUCCUGUGUUCCAAUGGCACGUUGUGUUUGCUAAUCCAAGUUUAUCAUUUUAAAAGGCUAAUUGAUCAUUAGAAAACCCUUUUGUAAUUAUGUUAGCACAGCUGAAAACUGUAGUGCUGAUUUAAAUAAGCAAUAAAACUGGCCUUCUUGAGACUAGUUGAGUAUCUGGAGCAUCAGCAAUUGUGGGUUCGAUUACAGGCUCAAAAUGGCCAGAAACAAAUAACUUUCUUCUGAAACUCAUCAGUCUAUUCUUGUUCUGAGAAAUGAAGGCUAUUCCAUGCGAGAAAUUGCCAAGAAACUGAAGAUCUCGUACAAUGCUGUAUACUACUCCCUUCACCGAACAGUGCAAACUGGCUCUAACCAGAAUAGAAAGAGGAGUGGGAGGCCCCGGUGCACAACUGAGCGAGAGGACAAAUACAUUAGUGUCUAGUUUGAGAAACAGACGCCUCACAGGUCCUCAACUGGCAGCUUCAUUAAAUAGUACCCGCAAAACACCAGUCUCAACGUCAACAGUGAAGAGGCGACUCUGGGAUGCUGACCUUCUAGGCAGAGUUACAAAGAAAAAGCCAUAUCUCAGACUGGCCAAUAAAAAGAAAAGAUUAAGAUGGGCAAAAGAACACAGACACUGGACAGAGGAAGAUUGAAAAAAGUGUUAUGGACAGACUAAUCGAAGUUUGAGGUGUUCGGAUCACAAAGAAUAACAUUUGUGAGACGUAGACCAAAUGAAAAGAUGCUGGAGGAGUGCUUGAUGCUAUCUGUCAAGCAUGGUGGAGGCAAUGUGAUGGUCUGGGGGUGCUUUGGUGGUGGUAAAGUGGGAGAUUUGUACAGGGUAAAAGGGAUCUUGAAGAAGGAAGGCUAUCACUCCAUUUUGCAACGCCAUGCCAUACCCUGUGGACGCCGCUUGAUUGGAGCCUAUUUCCUCCUACAACAGGACAAUGACCCAAAGCACAGCUCCAAACUAUGCAAUAACUAUUUAGGGAAGAAGCAGUCAGCUGGUAUUCUGUCUAUAAUGGAGUGGCCAGCACAGUCACCGGAUCUCAAUCCUAUUGAGCUGUUGUGGGUGCAGCUUGACCGUAUGGUACGUAAGAAGUGCCCAUCAAGCCAAUCCAACUUGUGGGAGGUGCUUCAGGAAGCAUGGGGUGUAAUCUCUUCCGAUUACCUCAACAAAUUGACAACUAGAAUGUCAAAGUUCUGCAAGGCUGUAAUUGCUGCAAAUGGAGGAUUCAUUGACAAAAGCAAAAUAUUGAAGGACACAAUUAUUAUUUCAAUUAAUCAUUAUUUCUAACCUUGUCAAUGACUACAUUUCCUAUUCAUUUUGCUAUAUUUCCUAUUCAAACUCAUUUCAUGUAUGUUUUCAUGGAAAACAAGGACAUUUCUAAGUGACCUCAAACUUUUGAAUGGUGGUGUACAUUUCCAAAAUGUGUGGAUGUUCCAAUGAUGGAAUGGUGUGUAGGCUACCCCAAACUUCCUUUGUUUGUCCAAAAUUAUUUUAAUGUUUAGUAAAAUAAAUGUUCCAAAAAUAAAAGAUUACAACAAAAACUCAAAAAUAACAUAUUUGGAAGGGUAGAUUAGAUCAGUUUUUCUAAAUGAGUUCCUGGGGAACCCUCAGGGAGAGCACGUUGUUAUUCUAUCAUCAAACCCUUCAUGUAUUGAGUUAGGAGUGUUAUUACUGGGUUAGAACAAAAAUGAGGGUCCCCAUGAUUUGAUUUGAGAAACUGGAUUAGAUUCCAAAAAUGUUUUGAUGCAUAUUCACAUGAGCUGACUGUUUUUACACAGAUUUCUAGAAAAUGUGUACACACAAGACUCUGAGACUAUUGUGUCAAGUGUUUCCCCUAUAAUCAUUUAGCAGGGGUUCCCCACCACUGUGCUGUUCUGAUAUAAACUGGUUAGGGCACGCAACAGAGAACAUUUGAAAAACGUUUUGCAAUGGAAAAUUAGUGUUUGCAAUUGACAAUAUGUUAUCCCUCCCUGUUUCAGUUUGUUUUUAUUCCAUUUGGUGCCUAAUGAACAUGACCCUGGUAUUUGACCGUGUUUUGUACACUCAUCUGUCAGGACCUAGAGGUCUCCCGAACACUCACUCUCAUCUCCAAGACCAUCCAGACUCUGGGGAGCUGGGGUAGCCUGUCCAAAAACAAACUGGUAUGUAUGAAUGUCUGUCUUAUCAACCUGUCCAACAUGCUUACCAAUCAAUUUAUCAAUCUUCCCUUGUCUAUCAGUCAGUCAACAUGUCUAUCAAUCAUUAAUUCCCACUGGGCACAGAUGUCAGUUCAAGUUCUAGUUUUGAGUUGUCAACUAACAUGAAUUCAACGUGAAAUCAACAAAACAUUUCACCAUGUCAUUGGAUUUAGGUUAAAAGUUGGGUGAAAAAAAGACCAUGCCCUUACGUUGAUGACUUUUUGAAAAUCCAAUUAGUUUUCCAUGUUGAUUCAACAUCAUCAUAUAGAUUUUUUGGGGUUGAAAUGACGUGGAAACAACAUUGAUUUAACCAGUUUUUGCCCAUUGGGUUGUGUCUGUAGGUCUGCUCUGGGCAAAACUAACACUUUUUGUGUCUGUUUUGUCUUUAGUCUAGUUUUAAAGAAUCCUACAUGUACGAUUUCUUCAAAUCAUUCCAAGAAGAUAAAUGUAUUGAAAAAGUAAAAAAGGUGAGUUGUUGGUUGUGAAGCGACCUUCCUAUUACAUUUGAUUUUGAUUUUGUAGACCACGUGUCAAACUCAAGGUUUUACCAACCACAUGUUGGUAAAUCGAUUUUCCAUGUUAGUUUUGUAUGCAUUGCUGAUUUAGCAUGGUGUUUCCCUCUAACAUUGUGGCCUCUCGUGUGUGUGUGUAGUUCCUAGAUGAGAUCUCCUCCAACGUCAGUAAGGAGUCCAGCGGGGUGGAGGACUCUGUGGUUCUCAAAGAGGGGUGAGUGGCUCACAUCCAGUUACUGGUUAUAGCUAAUGUGUCCUUUUCCUGGACUGAAAGUGCUUUUUAGUCCAGGACUAAAUCUUUAAACUUAAUGUAAAAAGUUAGGUGUCAUAACUUGGGCCAGGAGUUUGUCCUGACCAGAGGGGUUUGUCACUAAGCGGGAUCAUUCACUUAGCUAGCCAGCUAACUCUAAUAAACAGUCACAUAUAUUGAUUGGUUGAUUUUCUGGUUCAUAAAGAAAGCUACACAUAAAUAUGGGUUGUUGGCUGUAAAGUUAAACUUACUGUGCCAAUGUCAAGUCUAUAUUUAUUUUACUACAGUGAGGUACAGAAGCGGGCCCAGGGAAGGAAACGCAUCGGCAAGAGGACCUUCAAGAAGAGGUGGCUCAGAGUGACCAACAGGGAGCUCUCCUACCACAAGCAC